UGUGCAAAGAUUCGGAAAAUGACCCCAUCAUAACAACGUCUACCAAAAAGAAGAAAAAAAAGGAGAGUAAGAGAUGGAAGAUUUGGUGGUGAAAUCAACGAGCAUUGUGCAUCCCAUAAACAUUGCUAACCAAUCAAUAUCAGAUCGUGUGAAGACGAUCAGUCUGACUCCAUGGGAUCUCAUACGUCUUCGUUUUGGUUAUCCUCAAAGAGGUCUCUUCUUUCACAAACCUGACGAUUCAAAUAUUGAUACAAUCAUCUCAAAGCUAAAGGCUUCACUUUCUAUUGCUCUCCAUCACUUUUACCCUUUGGCUGGUCGCCUUGUCAAAGAAGUCAACCAAGACGAUAACACUGUCUCCUAUUUCAUUAGCUGCUGCGAUGAUGAUGGUUCCGGUUCGGGUGGUGUAAAGUUCAUUCACGCUGCAGCUAAAACACUCACGAUCAGUGAUCUGGUUAAGUCCGGUUUUGUAGAUGGAUUGCUCGGUUAUUUCUUCUUCCCCGCGACUGGAAUCAAGAACUACCAAGGUGUGUCAAACCCUUUACUUAUGGUCCAAGUAACUGAAUUAAAAGAUGGGAUGUUUAUCAGCUAUGGCUAUAAUCAUACCGCUGCUGAUGGCAAAUCGAUCUGGAAGUUCAUCAAUGCAUGGUCGGAGAUUUGCUUCAAAGGUUUUGGAUCUGCUCCCAUGGAUCUUUUCCUCAAAGGUUGGUUUCUUGACCGAAUAAAAUAUCCAAUCCGAGUUCCAGAUCCUGAAACAGAACAGCCUAGUCACGGUGCUUCGACAACAUCAAACACUUUACAGGAGAUUGUGUUUCGUCUUACAAAGGAGAAUGUGUUAAAACUGAAAGCUAAAGCUAACGAUGAAGCUGUGUCCAAAGAAGAUGGAGAGAUCUCUUCUUUUCAGGCGGUUUUAGGACACAUAUGGCGUUCAAGGGUUAAGCACGGUGGCAUGAGCCGAGAAGAAGAGACACGUUGUAGAGUGCCAAUAGACAUGAGACAGAGGCUAAAGCCAAAGCUAAAAGAAGACUGUUUCGGGAACUUGGUUCAUACCGGAAUAGUAACCGUUAAAGUUGGGGAGAUGCUGGACCAUGGUUUAGGCUGGUUGGCUCGGAGAAUAAACGAAAUGGUUAGGUCACAAACCGAUGAAAAUGUUAAAACAUUUGGAGAGAACUGGGUUAAGAAUGUUGAGAUUCCGGUUUCUGUCAGCACUACUCUGCUUGUUACUAGCUGUCCCCGGUUUGAUGUGUAUGGAAACGAUUUUGGUUGGGAUAAACCGAUCGGUUUACGUUCUGGACCGCCACAUAGCGAUGGGAAACUAGUGGUUUUACAAGGGGCUGAAGAAGGAGGUCUUGAGUUUCAAGGUUAUUUUCCGUCUCAAGUAGUUGUAAAACUAUUGUGUGAUGCUGAGUUUUUGGAGUGUGUAGACAUUGCUUCAUGAUUUGGUCAAUGAUUUUACGCGAUUGAUGUGUGUGUUCUUUUUAUCUCCUAAUUUUCGAUUGUCUGUGUAAGGUUUUUAUUCAAUAAGGCAUGUUAUAGCCCCGUUCGUUUUAUUAUCGCUGUGCGUCAGCGGUGGCGUCAGAGAACUAAGCCUUCAAUGACGGGAUACAUCGAAUAGGUGAAGCACGGGAUAACUGAUUUCACAGACGCUGCGGCAACCAACGGCCAGUAAAAUAGACGCGGAAUAAAUCAGCGGCCAUGAAAACACGGAAACCAUUAGUUACGACAAUCGCCGGCGGCAAUUUUAUAUUGACGCUGCAACUAAACUUCUCUGUCGUGUUUGAAAAUUUUCUGACGCCACCGCUGACGCAACGAUAAUAAAACGAACAGAGCUUAUAACAAAAUAAACAUAUUGUCGACCAAUCAUGUUUUCUUUGCACAGUCGCCGCUAACAGAGUUAGCCAUGUAUCAGCACAGAGUAAUGUGAGUUGGGAAUUUUGGUUUGUAGCAGCUGUGCUUUCUCACUCACCAAAACACUUUUUUUUUUAACAACGUCAGGAUAAAACACUUAAAACCUUAUGAAACAGUGAUCUUGAUCGUUGAAA